AUGGCCGCGACUUCCUCGCAGGAGGACCGCGUCGGGCCUCUGUCCAACAACAGGCGGAGAGGAUGGGUCAUCGCCAGCGAGGACGGCACGGAUGCUCCAAGACCGACCAGCUUCGAUGCGCGAGCCAGUGCAGCGGCUUGGAACAAAGGCAAAGGCCCUUCGCAGGCAUCCAUACCAUCGAGAGCAUCGUCCUUGACAGCAGCUUCGGCGCCAUCUCCGACCCUACCCAGCGAGCCUUUGAAACCAGAUGAGACACAAGCGUCGUCCGCGAGUCCACCUUCACCAAAUGUCGACAGCACGCCAGUCGCGCCGGUGCCGCCACCACGCAUCCCAUCCUCCAGUAUGAGCCACAACAGAGAUGCGUCUUCCAGCACAACGACCGAGGGCGAGUCAAGCAACGGCAAACGACGACCAUCACCACCUUUGCUAGUACCGCCAAAGCAGACAUUCAGAAAAGUCCCUUCCACCCGCGUCUUGCCAGCGUCCGCGUUAAGUGACCACCAAAAGUUCAUGGCUGCUGCCAGAACAUCUCCUUCUGGCACCGCAUCAUCGUCCGCUUCGGGACCAUCAUCAUCACGUUCGCCUCGGGCAAACGCAGCCCUUCGCAGCGAUCUGGCAAAGCUGGCAGCGAGUCGGAGGGCCCAGAGCUCUUCGUCAUCUAGUACUGCGACGACUUCGUCGGUUGCUACCGUGACCGAAUCAAGCCCAAGUCGAGCGACCUCUCAUCCAGCCUCCGUGGAUCCACUCGGAAAGGGAAAGGGGAAGGAAGUUCCGCAAAGCCCACUUCAAAGGGAUGUAGAAGGCUUCUUCAGCUCGAGUGGGAAGGUAAGAGGGAUGGCUAGUGCUUACGAUGGCACCCACCAUCGACAGCGAAGCGAGGAAGACCCAUCAUCAGCAGCAGGAUCUUCAGCAUCGAAUCAGCAAGCGCCACCAACACACGUCCCGCCGAAGCCUUCGCUCACCUCCUUGGUAAAUCCGUUGCCCCCAUUGAGCGAAAUGUCGGCCAACUCAGACAUCGAAGAUGCGCCAUCUCCCACAUCCGACCCACCCCCCCCUUCCGAAGGGGACAGUGCGACUCCAUCAGCGACAAAGCUAGGCAAGAGGCGCGAAAGCUUGCAGAUCGAGGUGCCGCCUCCGCCUCCGCAGUUCAAAGACAGAUACCCAUCCAUUCUCGUCGACUCGACGCACGCCAGUGACUCGGAAGCGAGCGGUACAAGUACCGGAGGACAGCGUCGCAGGCGCCGAAGAAGCACCGCUUCGAUGAGCAACAAGCUAGGAGGGGACGCCGAGGACCUCGACGACGACGAGUAUGCGGACGACGACUCCAGCUGGCCAUCCACCCCCUCCACGACGCCGCUCGAGGCGUACUUUCCCUCGGAGGACGCUCGGACAAAUUCAGCCCGGAGAACGAUGCAGACCACGCAGGAGAUCAUCGCACCCAAUGCGGGCGCGCUUGGGAUGGGCAGACCCAUGGUCGUCGUGACGAGUCCGAGCACAGCCUCCGAGGUGUCAUCGGACCGACGAUCGAGCUCAGGCUCUGGCUCUACGUCGGAUCGCACCUACUCCUCAUCGCCCCCUGCCGUGGCCAGUAUCGCCCUUGCACCGGCGCUAACCAAGAUCGAAGAGGACCCUGCCACCAAGGCCGACACCGAGGCUCCGGCAACAGCACCACUAAAGUCCCUCUCCUUUGAGAUCCCAGCGGUGCCUCGCACACGCGCUUCGGAGGAGAACCUGCCGAUCGCGACGCCUGUGCGGUCCCCGUCUCGUGCGAUGGCGUUCCUGGCCAAGAUGAACCCCAGCAAGUCAUCGAACCGUAGCAGCGUCGACUCUGCAGCGGUCAGUCGACCUUCUCCCACUGCAGCAUCGGCGGAAGCGGCCAAGCGUAUAUCGCUGGACAAUCAUCAACGCACUUCUGCGGAUCAGCGUCGCUCGGUGGAGCUGCGUCCGAUUCUUCUGAACUCGACACCCCGACCUGUCGUAGCCGAAGCGCCCGCUGCUGCCCCGGUCGCCACUGGGUCUGACGUGACUGCCGAGCAGUUGCAGCAGCGUCGUCGAUCCAUUGGCCGAGCCGCCGUUCGUCGCAACGUCGUUCCUUAUCAUUCUCGCCGCGGUUCCGAGGCUUCCGUUACCUCCUCGGUCGACUCUCAUAAGGCGCACGAGCGCGUGUCGUUCGACAAGGUGACUUUCGACCCGAAAUCGAGCCCUGCCUCGCAAGUCACGGCGCUGACGAUGGAGUCGCCAGCGAUCGCUCAUCAGAAACUGGUUUCGCGUCCGCGCCAUGACCCCGCACCCGCACCUGCUGACAGCAUCGACCAUCGUGCCACGUCCGCAACCACACCUAAGGACCGCUUUGCCGCUUCGAUGCCUUCUCUGCGUCAGCCUGCGACCAUUGAGCCAUCGGUCGACCGACGCUCGCCCUCAGACGCAGAAACAGACAGUCGUCCCUCAGCCAUACGAUUGCUCGUCGACGGCCAUAAGGGCAGGAUGACGAGGGAUAAUGAUUCGAUCGCUGAGUGGAUCUCGGUGUCGGUCAACGACCUGCCGCUACCAAAUGUCAGCGGUGCGUACGGCAACGGUGGCGCAGGUCACUUCUCCAACGAGAAGCAGCAGCAGGGCAAGAAGCAGAAGAAGAACAAGCCGUGGAAACUGGGCCGAUUUGCAGCAUCGGAGGUCGUCUUGCCGCCCAAGGUCACAUCCACCUCUUCGGUAGUCCCGUCCAAGCGAAGGUCGGCCUCGUUCGUCAAGCGCUCGCCCUCUGAGGAGGUCAACGCAGCACCUCGAACGAGUCGAGAGUCGACAACGUCGCCCAACAAAGGCCCGUUCAUGCGCAACCUUGGCUUUACCACCGCCAACCGCAACGUCAUCCUGCAGAACUUGUGUGCCGAACGGUCCAUCUCUGCUCUGGCCGCAUCGACCAUCCACAUCGCGGGGAAUGGCCGGAUUCACGUACCGCAGCCUAGCCCGUUGCCGGCGAGGAAGACGAAGGCGAAACUGAAGGCGACCAAACAGAAGAACCAAAUGCAGAGCAGCCAGGAACCACCAACGGUCCCCGUGGUAGCGGCAUCGAGCGAGUCGCACCGACCAUCUCACAAUGCCGAGAAAUCGCAGGACGCAUACCUCAAUGCGUCGAAAGACCACCGCAUGGGCUACAAUCUCAGCAAUGCUGCUGGAGGCACGGUCAAGUCGAUGGCGCCCGAAUUGGGAGACUGGUCGGGCUCUUCGCGACACGAACUCGGCUCGAGCGAAGAGGUGAUGGUGGAGGAGGAGCGACCCUUCAGAGAUUACGAGGACGAAGGCUCGGACCUGUUCGACUCGGAUCGAUCCGAGUCUGUUUCCGAUAGCGAGUCAGAAGAAGAGAUGGACUACGACGAGGAGGACGCCGAAGUGCCCGUGCGCUUCGGUCAGCGUGUCAACCUCUCCAACCGAGCCGGAUCUGGGUUCUAUUCGGCGCAGACGCAGACGCAGACGCAGAUCGUCGAGCAACUUCCGACAACGGUCAAAGCAGCGCCCGACGAAGCUCCUCGAAGCGGCAAUGCAAACGACAGCAAGAUCGUGCCAUCUACGAGCUUCGAGCGACUGGCUCCUGGCACUGUGAUGCUGCAUGGCAACGACUUGCGCAUCUGCGUCGAGGAUGGGGAGGUUUCUAGCCGCACCGCUCGUCCUUUGGCGUUUUGGAAGGCGGUCGAGGUGCAACAGCCACAGACACCGGCGCCAACCGAGAAUCAGAUCCGUCGACAGCCUUCGAGCAAGGCCAUGAAGCUCGAGCAAGAGGUAGCUACGGGCAUCUUUGCGGCCUUCGUGGGCAACCGCAGCCCAAGGAGGCAGGCUCAGCGAUCCAGCGUGGAUCUGUCUAGCAAAGCGGACCAAAGCUCGUCCGAGAAGCGAUCUGCCUCAACGUUCGACGCGAGGGAACUGCUUGUGUCCAAGGUGAACAAGAGCACGUUUUCCGUGCGGAGCGAAACGCGCACAACCAGUGCUGGGACGGAGCAGGUGAUCGAGAUCAUCCGUCGCCAUGCUCCGCGUGGUGCUAGUCACACGACCCAGCCUUCGGAAUCGUCGCGAGCAAGCGUGCCAUCCCACCGGCUGGAGCGUGCCUUCCCAUCGCCUCUUCACUCGAGCCACGACUUGACGCACGACCGAUCGCGAUCGAACCGCACCGAUGCAUCGCUAGCAACACUCGAGGACGCCGCCGAGCGAACCCGAAUCCACAUCCAGCAGAAAGUAGGUCGAGGCUUCACGGCUCGUUUCCAAAAUCGGGAGGGUCAGCAGUGGACGUGGCAAGGAAGCAAGGUGGAGGCAUCUGUGCUAUCGCCAAGGAAAGACUCCAGCGGCAACAGCGCGCUCGACAUGCUGGAAGGAUAUGAUCUGAACCUGCAUACCGUCGAUGGUUCCCAGACGAUCGAGCUGGCGACGUAUACAGCUGAUUCGCAGGUGCGCAACGCGUUGGGACUGUUCAAGCCAAGGACCAAGAGCGUGCCCAAGCCGCUGCCCGAGGAUGUGUCGAGCAUCGGUGCUCCCGUGCUCCCACCGGCUCAGGUGGUGCCGCUGGCCAUCCCGGUUCGGGGAGGAGCAGGAGGGGUCGGGAGAGGCGAGCCACAGAUUCCGCUGCGAGGCAUCCGGGGGGGUCCGCUUCUCCGAUCACAACCGACGGCAGCCGGAAGCGCGGCCCGCGGUCAUGGAUUGUGGCAGCACCAGAGGGCAGUGGUCUCAAACGAGGCGGUGGUGCAAGUGCACAACAAUGCUGUCCAAAACGUCAGGGCCUCGCUGCUCCUCCAUGGUGGCGGAACGAAUGCUGAGACGGGAUCAACGCCCAUUUCGAGGGACACUGCGGGAUCGCCCACCGAGGAGACGGCAGGAAACAAGAAGAUGGGCGUGCUCAGCUUUUCUGCGGUCGAGUCGCUGGACCGAGACUUGGUGGUGCUGACGCUCUUGGCGGUCAUGGGCGUAGCCAAGGUGUGA